GUGGGUUGAAAUUAUGCGCAGACAAACAGAAUUGCUAUGUGGGAUGAGGAAUGCCGUAACAAGGAGGAACGGCGUUCCAUUAUGUACUCGACCUCUAGCCAGCGCUAAAGAUUAUUCUCAUGGUGGACUAUUCGUAUAAUAGCGAAGCACAUAUUCUGAUACUCGCUAGCGUGCCUGCGCCACCUGCUGCCACCGUUUCGUCCGUUCGCUGGCUGGCAGGUGGUCGUCACCGAGGAAGAUCUGGAGAGAUCAUGGCCAUUGCUUUACGAUCACUUGCUGUCGGCCUGUCUCGUUGAUAUUGUUUAUGGUAGAGUACUACAUCAUUGAUUCG